AUGUCUCCAUCAAUUAAAAUUUGUCUUCUUUUUAUUUUCGCAACUUUAGUAAUUAAUAGCCAACAACAAUGUGUUCCUAAAGGUGGUAAUUGUGUGAAUAAAUUUUGUUGUGGUGAUCUACUUUGCUUUAAAUGGGGUAAUGGCCAUCAAUGCCACACUUGUAAAAAAAAGGGAACAUCUUGUAAUCCGACAGCUUUACAAAAUGAUUUUUGUUGUAAUGUUUGUGAUUAUAAAAAUAAAGCUUGUACUUAA